UCAUUGGUGUCGGAUACCACUGAUCUGUUACAGAUCAGUGUCGGAUACCGUAUUUUAUGUUUUUCAUCUGGCAACACUGUAGAACAGUAAAUGACAUGUAUAAUAUUUCUUCUUUUUUUUUAUCAUUUUUCAAUUUGCCGACUUGAUGCAUUGAUGUUUACACAUUUUUAACAAUAAUUUAUGGAUAAAGCCUUUUAAUUUGUCGAAAAAUAAUAAUUGAAAAUCGCCAAAAUGGACAACCUAGAAGCAAAUAUUAUGGACAAGUCCAUGAGAUCAGUUUUCGUGGGUAAUAUUCCUUAUGAAGCUACAGAGGAGAAAUUAAAAGAUAUAUUUGGGGAAGUCGGUCAAGUAUUAUCUUUUAAGCUUGUUUUUGAUCGCGAGACAGGUAAACCAAAAGGUUAUGGAUUUUGUGAAUAUAGAGAUCAAGAAACCGCCUUGAGUGCGAUGAGAAAUCUAAAUGGCUACGAAAUUGGCGGCAGAAACCUAAGAGUAGAUAAUGCUUGUACAGAAAAAUCUCGAAUGGAAAUGCAAAAUUUGCUUAAUCAACCUCCAGUAGAAAACCCUUAUGGAGAGCCUAUUCAAGCUGAGAAAGCUCCUGAAGCUAUUAGCAAGGCUGUAGCUUCUCUGCCACCAGAACAAAUGUUUGAGUUGAUGAAGCAAAUGAAAACUACAAUACAGAACAACCCAACAGAAGCAAGGCAAAUGUUACUUCAAAAUCCACAAUUAGCUUAUGCUCUUUUGCAGGCUCAAGUAGUUAUGAAAAUAAUUGAUCCCCAUACAGCAGCUACAUUAUUACAUCCUGUAAAUCAAGUUCCUGCAACUUUAAUGCCUGGUGAUAAGAAUGUUCCAGUGCAAGUACCAAUUAAUAACCAAUAUAGGGAACCCCCAGCACCUGUUCAACCACCUAGACAAGAAUUCCAGCCUGUGCCUCCACCUAUUAUGAUUCCCAACCAUGUUCAACCACCUGUUUUUACUGGGCAAGAUGUUGACUUAAGGUCCCUGGGAACCGCCCCAGAUCCAAGACUCGGGCCUGUGGUGAGGGACCAAGAUAUGAGACAAAUUCCAGGCCCUAUUCAAAAUCCCUUACCGCCUACCAUUGGAGAAAGCUUUGCAAGGGAUCCACGAGGCAUAACUGCUUUUCCCACCGAUCCAAGACAAACGCGUAUGGACCCUCGUCAAAAAAAUUUGGUUCCUCCAUUAACUCAAGGACCUGUACCAACUCCAGCUCCAAGACCGGUCCCAAUUGUCCCUCAACCUGUACCAGUAGUCAGACCGGCACCUGUAACAACUACACCCGGUCCAGUGACUCCUACGCCUGCAGCUGCCAGUCCCAUAGUAGGAACGGCUGGAGCGUCAGACCAGGAAAAGGCUGCUCUUAUAAUGCAAGUAUUACAGCUGUCGGAUGAACAGAUAGCAAUGCUUCCACCAGAACAGAGAAAUAGUAUUUUGGUAUUGAAGGAACAAAUAGCAAAAAGUGCACAUUCUCGUGGAUAAUUUUUUUUUUUUAAUAUAAUAUGCUAAUAAAUAUGAUGUAAUGUGUAUUUUAGGAUUACAUAAAUAAAGUUAAUACAUCAAAAAA